UUUGAAGCAGCUUAGACAGGAGGUACAAACUGAUGACACCACAUUUAAGAAACAGCAGUAUGAUGCAGGUCCAAAAGCAUCCUAUGGUUAUGGCGGUCAGCAUGGAGUCCAGACCGAUCGAAUGGACAAAGCUGCAGUGGGGCAUGAAUAUACAGCAAGUUUAGCCAAACAUUCCAGCCAAACUGAUGCAUCCAAAGGAUUUGGUGGCAAAUUUGGUGUUCAAGCAGAUAGAAAGGAUAAAGCUGCAGUUGGUUUUGAAUAUGAAGGAAAGACUGCUAAACAUGCGUCACAGAAAGAUUAUACAACAGGUUUUGGAGGCAAGUUUGGAGUACAAAAAGAUAGGGUAGACAAGGCUGCUGUUGGCUGGGAUUAUGAGGGCAAAACAGAAAAACAUGAGUCACAGAAAGAUAGUGCAGCAGGUUAUGGAGGAAAGUUUGGUGUACAAACAGAUAGAGUUGACAAAUCAGCACUGGGUUGGGAACACCAGGAAAAACUGGCCAAACACGCCUCACAGAAAGAUUAUGCUACAGGUUUUGGUGGUAAAUAUGGCAUCCAAAAAGACAGGGUUGAUGCGUCAGCUCUGGGGUAUGAGCAUCAAGAGAAACUUGCACAGCAUGCCUCACAAAAGGAUUAUUCCACUGGAUUUGGGGGUAAAUAUGGAGUCCAGACAGAUAGACAAGAUAAGUCUGCCAAGGGUUUUGAUGACGUCAGUAAAACAGAAUUGCAUCCAUCGCAAACUGAGGCUAAACAAGGCUAU